AUGAAUUGGUAUCGGCCUUCGCCACUCUGGCGUAAACGUCCGCGGACGGACCGUAUCACGUCUGCGUUCCUGGCCUUUCUCACGGUUUGUUCUGCGGAAACAGUUGCGGACUCUCAUACCGCGCCCAUUGAGUCUCGGUUGAUGGCGGUGGAUAAGUCGAAUACCGUCUGCCAGGCGCGGAUGACGGGGGAUUUAGAGACGAGAUGGGCUGUUGGAGGGGCGAUGCGGCAUGCUACCGGCGUCGAUACGACGGCUACGAUUGGUUCUGCCGGUAUAUAUUUGGAUGCCAGGGAAAUGACGGUGACGGUGCCGGGAUAUACUGGUUCUUCUAUGCCAGAGGAGGGUGGUGGGGGUGGUGGUGAUUCUGGACGUAUCAAGGGGAAAGAAGACGAUGCUGAUAUAGAGUCACCGCUGGAUAAUUCCCAUUUCCUCUCGUUUGAGGAAUGGAAGAAUCAGAAUCUGGCUCGAGCAGGGCAAUCUGCUGAACAUAUGCGGCGGCAUAGACCCGGCUCUGGGCGCAGCGGUGAGCAUGGCGGGCAAGUGAGAAGACGGCCUACGCGACCAUCUCAGAUGCAUGAUCCCCUUGACGGCCUGGGCGAGGAGUCAGAGAUCGAUCUUGAAUUCGGGGGGUUUUCAACAGAUGAGUCGGGGGUUGCUUCGUGGGACAGGAAAGAAAGUGGAAUACCUCCCGAUAUGGGAUCUACUACGACAGGCGGUGAUGAUCAGGGCAAGAAACUCUCCCAGCCCGCCUUUGAGCUCGACGGCCAGGAUGCUGAGAAUAUUCCGCGAAAGGGGAUUGGUCGUCGGAAACAUGCAGGAACAACUUGUAAGGAACGGUUCAACUAUGCAUCUUUCGACUGCGCUGCAACAGUCUUGAAAACAAAUCCCCAAUGCACGGGCUCCUCAGCCGUGCUGAACGAGAAUAAGGAUAGCUACAUGCUGAGUGAAUGCAGGGCCAAGGAAAAAUUCCUGAUCAUGGAAUUAUGUGAUGACAUCCUUGUUGAUACGGUAGUACUGGCAAAUUACGAAUUUUUCAGCUCCAUAUUUCGCUCUUUCCGAGUCAGUGUGUCUGAUCGAUAUCCGAUCAAGGCGGAUAAAUGGCGCGUUCUGGGAACCUAUGAAGCUGCUAAUGCCCGACAGGUUCAGGCAUUCGCUGUGGAAAACCCGCUUAUCUGGGCCAGAUACCUGAAGAUUGAGUUCUUAUCCCAUUAUGGGAAUGAAUUCUAUUGCCCCGUGAGCUUGGUUCGGGUGCAUGGUACUACUAUGAUGGAGGAAUAUAAGAAUGACGGUGAAGCUACAAGAGCAGAUGAAGAGGAGGAUGCAAAUGCGCAGCUAGAAGAACCACAACAGCAACCACAACGGGAACAAGUUGAAGCAGUUGUGCAUGAAAAUGUUUCUAUCCCCGAGUCGACUGUGGACGCCCAGUUGGUUCCUCUAUCCAACCUAUCCAACCAUGAACUGACAGAGCUCAGAUGUUUUGUGGAAAGGAACGAGACAGAAAGCAUCCUACUUGGACUGGUGUCUGGUAAGAUGUGUGCUAUUCAAGAACGAGCUGCUCGUAUGGAAAGACAACCCGUUAUAGCCACCCAUGUGAGAGACGAUACUGCUGCUCCUGCAAGCGGAUCCAUCAGCUCUGCCAAUACUCUAGAGCAGAUACGCUCCAUCCCUUCAACUCGGGUAUGGACGGCUUCAGAUAGAGAAGAAACCCGUCGCAGUUCUACAGGAUCAGCUGUCACCGCAGAUGGCUCGCAUACAGAGCCAACUAGGAUGAACUCUGCAGCCAACCCACCACCCCCUUCAUCGCCACCCCCUAACCCAUCUACUCAGGAGUCUUUCUUCAAAUCAGUUAACAAACGGCUCCAGAUGUUAGAAUCAAAUUCUACGCUAUCUCUUUUAUAUAUAGAAGAGCAAUCUCGCAUCCUUCGCGAUGCCUUUAAUAAAGUCGAAAAACGCCAACUUGCCAAAACAUCUGCAUUCCUGGAAAAUCUUAACUCUACCGUGCUGCAGGAAUUGAAGGAGUUUCGCCAGCAAUAUGACCAUCUCUGGCAUUCCGUCUUUAUAGAGUUUGAACAACAACGCCAACAGUAUCAUCGAGAAGUAUUUUCGGUUGCUGCCCAACUGGGUGUCCUUGCAGACGAGCUCGUGUUUCAGAAACGAGUUGCCGUGAUACAAAGCAUCUUCGUCCUCGUUUGUUUUGGCCUAGUACUAUUUUCCCGUAGCUCAGGGGCGCCAUACUUUGAAUUCCCACGAAACAUCGUUACCCGCACUCGGAGCUUUCGUUCUUCGUCUCCUACUUAUGAUUCACCUGCACCCUCCGCAAGCCCUAGCCCGCCGCCUAUGAGCAGAAUGGGCUCAUCAAUAUUAAGUAGAGACGAGACGGUCCGUCAUCACCACCAAAGCCACUCACGUCAUCACCGCAGUCCCUCGGAGCAAACAGAUUAUGAAGUCGAGAAUCCUACCUUUGCAUACUCCCCACCCACACCAACAUCUAGAACCACAACGCCAGAUAGAUCUGGGAAGCACCACUUCUCUCUUGAGCCACAUGAAGGUCUCGCUGCCUCCGCCACCAGUGGCAUUGCGUCUCUGAGCGAUCCGGACCUUCGCCUGAGGCAACGUGCUGCUAAGGAUAUAGCGGAAAAACACGAGUCAGAAUCGGAUGAUGGGCAGGCUGAAGGACAUUCUUUCUCCUAA